ACGAAUAGUACGCUUUUGUUGGCCAAUUAUUCAACGAUCGAUGGCCGUAGGUUGUGUUUAGUUCACGCACAUUUUCUUAUCUAGCUUCACUAAACGCAGCCUUCUAUACCAGUGCGUAUAAAGGUUGCUUCCAGAACAGGCAAAUAAUAAGUUGUCUCGUGAUUUCUUAAAUUAUAGCUUCUGAAACUAAUCAAAGAUGAAGCUGUUAUACUUCUUUCUUGCCACUUUCCUUUUCAUCAGUGGGUCGCUAGAAAAUGAAUAUUCAUUGGCAGGAAAAUGUACACUUAUGCCUGCUGACAUACCCGAUUGGACUGAUAUGGUUAAACCUUGCAUUAAAAAGUUGGAAGCUCAAGUGAAAAUGGAAAUGCGUGCUUCCAUUAAUUAUCUUAGUAUGGGCGCUCAUUUUGCUCGCGAUGCAAUUAAUCGUCCUGGAUUUUCCAAGUUCUUCUUUGAUUCUGCUAAUGAAGAAAGGGAACAUGCAAUCAAAAUUAUUGACUAUCUGUUAAUGCGUGGUCAAUUAACAAAUAAUAUUACCAAUCUUAAGGAAUUCCCUGUGACUCUAAUACAUGGACCUAUAAAUAGUGGACUUGAUGCUCUUAGAGAAGCUCUUAAGUUAGAAACUAUGGUUACAGAGAGUAUUCACAGUAUUGCUAAAGAGUGUGAAAAACCAUCAAAAUCAUCAUACUCUUUCAAUGAUUAUCAUUUGGUAGACUACCUCACAGGAGAGUUUUUGGAUGAACAAUACAAAGCACAACGUGAUCUUGCUGGAAAAGUGUCAACUUUAGGUAAAAUGGUAGCAACUAAUGGAAGAAUGGGAGAAUUACUAUUUGAUAAGAAACUUUUAUAUGGUGAGAUUUAAUGUGAGCAACAAAAUCUAAUUACAGCAGUUGUAUAUGAAAUUAUGGCCAUAUUUAGAAUGAACUGUGCAACUCAGUUUGAUUUAAUUUU